AUGACACCUAGAACGCCUGUCGAACGCUCCGAAACGGGCACUCCUCUAAGUCGCAAAGACUCACCGAUGGUCGGGCCGAGUCCAAAUACUUUGAGAUCUCCCAGGAUGGGCAUACUGUCAAACCUCCACACAAAGUCGCCCACUCCACCAAUAGCAUCCGAGAGGCCUAAGAAAGGUCCUGCAGCGGGCACUGGUCACGAGGGCUACGGCAAGUUUGGCUUCAGAGGAAGAGGGAGCAGCAUCUUCGGCCGUACCACACGGUCUUCCAGCAAAGACAGUUCGACUAGCCACUCAGGGUUCUCGUUCUUGAGUAGAAAGAAGAGUAUGGCAGAUGAGGGCGAGGAUAACCUGGAUCAGUUUCUGGAAGAAAGAAGAGAGCCCAUAAUUUUUCGUGGAAGUGGGAGAGGAUCGAACUCAGAUACACAAGGCACGAUAAACAGUGCCACAUCUGACCGCACUGAUGAAGCCAAGCGCGAUGCCGACUCAUCGGCCUCAAACAGGAUUACACCUCCAGUCAGUGCUACAAAGCCUUCACUUUCUGAGCUCGGGCGUGAGGGCAAAGAAGGCCAUUGGUUGAGCUCGCCCACAUCGAGCAAAAGCCCAACAUUAAUACAGCGAUUCAAGUCCAAAAUCACAAGCCAAAGCCCGAACAAUGAGUCUGAGAAUCAACAAGCACCUAACUCGCUACACUUUGGCUCUAUUGAUCAGACCACGAACCUUGAUCUCACCGCCAUAGAGCAGCUUCUCGGUGGCGACAAUCGUUCUUCCCAAAGUUCGAAAGGCUCUGAAGUCGANCUCAAAAAGACCGACUCGCUUGUGUCUUAUGAUCGAAGACACGAAGGUCUUCUGCCUAGUCCGAUGGAAGCAGCAGCUUCAAAGAGGACGUCUUUUGGGUCUCCUGUUCUUCUCCAAGCAAAAACAAUAACCCAAGUCAAAGCUCCUCAGCUUGUAGAGAUAUCCAACGCGCCAGGGUCAACAUAUCAAGAAGAUGUGCCUCAAGCUAGACUUCGGUCUGUUGGCAGGAUUCCCCAAGUUGUAAGAGCAGGUCAGAGCUCGCAAUCUCAACCUUCUCAUCAAAGUGCUGCUAUUGCCAAACAUCACUCGAGUCAUGGCUCAGACGUUGACCAAAUUGCUUCGAUUGCCGACGAAACACGAGAGUUCAUCGCUUUUCCCCCAAGAAAGGAUUCGGAGCUGUCGUACACUAGCAGCUCUGGCAUUGGAAGCCCCUGCAUCACAAGAUCAUCAUUCGUNGGGGAGGACGAAGUCUGGAACGAAUAUGAUAACUUGCUGGACGAGGUCUUACCUCCCAGGGUAAGAGCAUCAACCACUUCUUCUCUUGGUGCACCGUUUCAGUACGGCGACAUGGUCGAUCACAAAGCUACAAGUCGUCACGAAGAGAGCACACCGAUAAGUAUUUCGAAUCCCGAAGACAGCAAAACAGGCUCGAAUUUUGACACGAGCCGCCCAAGCACCACUUUUUCGAUAUCUGAUUACCUUGUCGAUCAAGAAGACACCAAAUCCGAAGAUCCCGUGUCCCCUCGCCAAGUCGAGAGUCCUCGAAUCGCACCUGCUCUUUCUAGCCCACGAAGCCCACGAAAGCCAGUCUCUCACAAAGUGGAAAGAACAGUGGACAAUUCUGCCUCGGCGGAGUUGAGAUUUGCAGCACUCAUGACGAGCAAAUGGUUAUCCUUUGGGCGACUUUUGUUCAGCCCCGCGCACGAGGAAGCAAUGACCGGAGAUCAUACUCGCAUUCUUAUCGUCGACGGUCUUGGGAAAGAGUGGUCUUACAACUGCGCUUUGACCUACCCAAAGUGUCAGUUCUAUAACCUUGGUCCUGAACCAAACUCAUCAUCCUGGGAAACGCUGUCCAACCACCAUCACGUCCCACAUCCAUCAAUACUCACACCUUUUCCAUUCCCUAGCAAUUACUUCUCGGCAGUAGUUUUCCGCUUUCCCAUCGCCGCCGCAGAUGACGCUUACCAGGUAUGCUUUAAUGAAAUCAAACGCACAAUGCGUCCUUCGGGGUACCUCGAGAUGUCUGUCUUGGAUCUGGAUCUUGUCAAUAUGGGCCACAUUGCCCGAAAGACCAUCCGCGAUUUGAAGAUACGCAUGCACCAACAAGACAGCCAGAUCAGUCUCUGGAACCACGGCGACGCCUUCCUCACGCUUCUCGGCAAGCGCGAAUUCGAANNAAACUUGCGCAAGUGUGUCGUUGGCAUCCCCGUAGCCGGACGCAUACGAAGAAGCCAUGAUAGCAGUAGCUCGAGUUCCGGCAGCCAGCGGAAAAGAACCUCGGAACAAGCAGAGCCUGAAUACCUCCGAUUUACCGAAUGGAUGCAGAGCAACGGCAACAAGAACAAUGAAGAAGAUGAACGACAUGAAAGACGCAAUGACGAAGAUAUCACGAAGACGGUGGCAAAGAUUGGACGUUGGUGGUACUCUUCCUGCUACCCGGACCCAGGUCAGUCGACCACGACAGGACUCUGGGAUACACCUGGAUUGCUGCGUGAGUGCGAGCGUCAGAGGACGAGUUUCAGACUGCUCUUCUGCUACGCGCAGAAGCCAGUCUGUGUCAAGAGGCGUACAGCGAGUGUUUGA